UGAUCGUCAUUUCCUGGUGGAAUCCGUUCCGUAUGAAUACUCUGUAAACGAUGCCAAGAAUGCUAUCAGGACCGAUGGCCCGGUUUCGGCUUCUUUCAUUGUUUACGAAGAUUUCCUAGCCUACAGGUCCGGUGUAUACAAGCAUACUUCUGGAAAAGAACUCGGUGGACAUGCUGUGAAGAUAAUUGGUUGGGGUGAAGAGACUGGACAAGCUUACUGGCUUGUCGUGAACUCCUGGAAUGAAGACUGGGGUGACAACGGCCUUUUCAAGAUAGCCCUCGGAAACUGUGAAAUAGAUGAUGACCUGCUUGGUGGUACACCUAAGGUCUGA